AACCUGUUAUCAGGGCAGCGAGCGUUUUGCUCGCGACUCGUGAGCGUUAUUACUUGUGUUCGCCCAGUGCUUCGCUCAUUUUCGUUCCAGCAGUGGCGCACUAAAGUUCCCCGAUUCGCUGCGGUGAUAUUCCAUAAAUUUGCAUAUAUGUAUUGGUUGGGUGGAAUACAUAUAAACAGUGUGUGAUUUCGCUCUGUAAACAACACCCGCGAAUCCAGAAUUCCGUACAUGCUUAUAGUAUAGCCGAUCAAAAAAAUCACACUGAGUGGUGCGCCUGAAAAACCCGUGAGUCAUCGCGACGUGGCCGCCGCAGAUAAUUUCCCAUCCGCCGAACAUCGGGGAAGUACCUGAAACGAAUGGUCAGCCAUCGGCGGAGCUCGUUUCGAUCAUUAGCGUUCCGAUAGGCGAAGGCAGCGGAUCACUUUUGAGUUGUAAAGACGCAAUUAAACAGAAAUAUUGGAUAGAUACGGACUUCGAACAUGAAUCAAUACUACGACCUAGACAAGGGUAAAAAUGUGAUGUUUAUGAACGAUGCAUCCAGCACCAGUGGCUAUAGCAGCGGUACAUCUCCGAACUCCACCAACCAAUCCUUUUCACCAGCCCACUCCCCGGAAACCAUGGAAUUGCAAACGGAUUUCGCCAAUCUUAAUUUGCCCGGCGGCAAUUCACCACACCAGCUGCCAAUGGCGAAUUCACCAUACCAGCAUCAGCUGUUGAACAACGGCGGAAUUUGCCAAUUGGAUGCUACCAAUUUCAAUUUAAUGAACUCCACUGGCGCUGGUGUCGGCGUUGCUAAUGUCACCAAUUUUGGCAACACGUACAUGGAUCACCAGUACUUUGUGCCCGCUCCAGCCACAGUGCCACCGGCCCAGAACUUUGGAUACCAUCAAAAUGGCCUGGCGUCUGGCGGCGAUAUCAAACACGUGCCGCAGCUGCGGAUCGUUGAGCAACCGGUGGAGAAGUUCCGUUUUCGGUACAAGAGUGAGAUGCAUGGAACACAUGGAUCGCUUAAUGGCGCCAACUCGAAGCGGACGCCCAAAACCUUCCCGGAGGUCACACUGUGCAACUACGAUGGACCCGCCGUCAUCCGGUGCAGUUUGUUCCAAACCAACUUGGACAGCCCACAUUCCCAUCAGCUGGUCGUGCGCAAGGACGAACGGGAUGUGUGUGAUCCGCAUGAUUUGCACGUGUCCAAGGAGCGCGGCUAUGUGGCACAGUUUAUCAACAUGGGCAUCAUACACACCGCCAAGAAGUACAUAUUCGAGGAGCUGUGCAAGAAGAAGCAGGAUCGCCUGGUCUUUCAGAUGAACCGUCGCGAGUUGUCCACCAAACAGCUACAGGAACUGCAUCAGGAGACGGAGCGUGAGGCCAAGGACAUGAACUUGAACCAGGUGCGGCUCUGCUUUGAGGCCUUUAAAAUUGAGGACAACGGCGCAUGGGUUCCACUUGCACCGCCUGUGUACAGCAAUGCGAUCAAUAACCGCAAGUCAGCACAAACUGGAGAGCUGCGCAUCGUCCGCCUGAGCAAGCCCACUGGCGGGGUGAUGGGCAACGAUGAGCUUAUUCUACUGGUGGAAAAGGUCAGCAAGAAGAACAUCAAGGUGCGGUUUUUCGAGGAGGACGAGGACGGGGAAACCGUGUGGGAGGCAUACGCAAAGUUCCGCGAAUCGGAUGUACACCACCAAUAUGCCAUUGUGUGCCAGACGCCUGCGUACAAAGAUAAGGACGUGGACCGCGAGGUCAACGUGUACAUCGAGCUCAUUCGUCCCUCCGACGAUGAGCGCUCAUUCCCGGCGCUGCCCUUCCGCUACAAGCCACGGGACGUAAUUGUGUCGAGGAAACGCCGACGCACCGGGACCUCUGCCAAUAGCAGCAGUUCGGGAACAGGCAGCUCUAAUAACUCGCUGGAUCUGCCCAAAACGCUGGGCUUGGCGCAGGCACCAAAUGGCUUGCCAAACCUUUCGCAGCAUGAACAGACUAUAAGUCAGGAGUUCGGACGCGAAAUGCAUCUAGAGGAUUUGAUUCAUUCCGAAAAUUUCCGCAAAUUUAUCGGGAACAACUCUUCUGAUAUCGAGAAGUUGUGCCAGUUAGACAUGGGAGUGUUGGAGCCCGAUGGCCAUGGUCGGGCGGAAUCGGCAUCGGCAUCGGGUCGAAAUCUUACCAAUAAAUACUUGAAUGACCUAUUCAAAAUCUACGAACAGGACCGCCGAUCGCCAAUGAAAAACUCGCAGCACCAAGUGGAGAAGUUAUUUAACGAUCAUGCUCAGAUGAACAAUAAUGACACGCUCCUGCACGAAGUGAUCAGCCAGAAGAAGGACACCCUGAAGCUGGCCAUCCAGACGAUACAGGUGAUGAACUACUUCAAACUGAGAGAGCUGGUCAACAGCGCUUUGAAUGCGGACCGUGAUAGUCCCCUGCAUGUGGCGUGCCAGCAAGACCGAGCGCACUACAUACGACCUUUGCUGGGUAUGGGCUGCAAUCCAAAUCAGAAGAAUAAUGCCGGAAACACCCCACUGCAUGUGGCCGUCAAGGAGGAGCACUUGAACUGCGUGGAAAGCUUCCUUAAUGGAGUGCCAACCGUAAAAUUGGACCUCUCGCUAACGAACGACGAUGGUCUAACGCCUUUGCACAUGGCCAUUCGACAGAACAAGUACGAUGUGGCCAAGAAACUAAUCAGCCAUGAUCGGACCUCGAUUAGCGUGGCCAACACAUUGGAUGGUAAUAAUGCACUCCACAUGGCCGUUCUGGAGCAAAGUGUGGAGCUAUUGGUGCUCAUUCUGGAUGCUCAAAAUGAAAACCUUACCGACAUCCUACAGGCACAAAAUGCAGCCGGCCAUACUCCCCUGGAAUUGGCCGAACUCAAGGCCAAUGAGCGGGUGGUCCAGCUGCUGAGGAAGGUGUAUUCGGAGAAGGGAGAACUGGCCAUGACCUGGAUUCCAUGUAAGGUCAAGGAGGAGAUCGAUUCAUCGUCGGACGAAAGUAGCGAUGCUGGUCAGCUGGAGAUCAAGUCCGAGGAGAUGGACAUCCAAACAGAGGACGACGAGUCCGUGGAGUUGGACCUCAGUAGUGGUCGUCGAAGAUGGAAAGAGGAAUCCAGUAGAGACACCGAAACGGACAACAACAAAUUGCAGCUGCUGCUUAAAAACAAAUCCAUUUACGACCAGCUCUGUUCGCUGCUGAAUCAGCCUUUGGGACAAGGGUCCGAUCCCCAAGAUCGGAAAUGGAUCCAACUAGCCCGCCAGACGCAUCUAGAGCAGUUCACAUUUAUGUGGCUGGGCGCGGAGGAUCUGUUGGAUCACGUUAAAAGAAAAGGCGCCUCUGUAGAGUUUGCCACAUUUGCUCGUGCCCUGCAGGCAGUCGAUCCCCAGGCUUACGCAGUUCUGGUUAACCCAACUUGAUUAUGUAUUAUUGAAUGUUGAUCAAUAAAGUACCUUAGUUUUACAAAUACAA